CCUUCUUUCUCCCCCUUCUAUCAACCACUACUCACUCCCUCCCUCCCCCACAUACCCCCAACCACAAACCUACUACAAGCAUUUCCACCGCUAAAACAUGGAUCCCGAAAGAGAAAGUUCACGCCUUUGGCGUGCCUGGAGAACUGUUCACGAAAUGGCCAAAGAUAGAGGAUAUGAAAUCUCCGAAGAAGAAAUCACAAUAACCCUCGAAGAGUUCCGCCACCAGUACUGCGAUGGCGAAGGUCGUCCAAUCCGCAAAAACCUCACCUUCAAGGCCAACCCCAGCCCUAGCAUGAUCAAGCAGCACGCCCCAGCCCCCAAUCAGCCUGCAACCGUCGGCACCCUGUGGGUGGAAUUCAGCGCGGAAAGCAACAUUGGAAUCAAGCACAUGCGCGCCUUCGCGCACACCAUCAACAGCGAGAAUUUCCACACUGGCAUCUUCAUCUGCUCGAGCCACCCCACUCCUGCCGCCAUGAAGAUCGUCCCCACCGUGCUGCCGAGCGUUAUCGAGGUCUUUCUGGAGAGCGACUUGCUGGUCAACAUUACCAAGCACGAGUUAGUUCCUCGCCAUAUCCUCCUCAGCAGGGAGGAGAAGAAGAAGUUGCUCGAGAGGUAUAGGCUCAAGGAGAGUCAGCUGCCGAGGAUUCAGGGGGCGGACCCGGUUGCUAGGUAUUAUGGGCUUAAGAGGGGGCAUGUGGUUAAGAUUGUUAGGAAGAGUGAGACUAGUGGGCGCUAUGCUAGUUAUCGUCUUUGCAUGUAGCGGCAAUCUGGGGGUUCUGGGGGUUCUGGGGGUGAACGAAAGUGUACGAAAAGUGUACGAAAAGUGGGAUUGGCGUUGUCAUUUUUAAACUCUACAGUAAUGGGGGGGUGGGUAUACCUCUAGUUGAAUUUGUACUUGCGGCCUGUGAUAGCAUUAGACAAACAAGUUCUCGCGGGCAGAGUGGUAUAUGCACUCUUGAGAAAAUUGUUUGGGGGAAAGGGAGCCAAAGCGAGAAAGAAGGCCAAAGAAAGAAAGAAAGCAAAACUCCCUGAA